AUUUCAAGACUCAUUCAUUCUCAACUUCUAUCAAAUAAGCAGGAUGACAUGCCAUUUACUGGCCAGGGUUCUAAAACUGCAAGACGAACCCAGCCAAUUCAAACCACAACUGAAUCAAACAGGUACUGCUUCUCUCUUUAUUUUUCGCCGAAACCAGGCCACGAAAUCAAAGCCGCUGAGUGGCCCCAGACCGUGGAAUAGAACAAGAAAUAGGGUAGACACAAGGAGAGAUACAAAUGAAUGCAGGCGCAUGUCACAAAACCUGGUCAAGUUGCAGGAUGAAUCGUCCACACAAAAUGAAAGCUCGAGAAAAGAUGCGGCGCCUUCGGUAAAUAGUGUACAACGAUCUUUUUAUGCAAGUAAAAAGGAAAAAGUAAAAGGAAAGCAUGUAAUGCACGGUGGGCAAUUAUGGACGUUCGAGGUGGUCAUGAGCAAGAUGACGAUUCGUAUUUGUCGGGUCGAGCUUCCUUGCUCGCCCUCAUUAAGGGUAAGAGAAAGAGAAAGAGACUGGGAAAGAGAAAAAGGCAAGCGAAACACCACAUGCAAAAGAAACCCACACACGCAACGCGCCCGACCACUCCAAAGUAGAGAAAGGAAAACGUGAAUCGAGAGAAAGAUGACCCCGUAUGUCCCCCUGUGUAUAUGCAAAGAACUGAACAACAGAGUUAUAAAAUUUGAGCCCUCGCCUGCCCUCCUUCUGCCAAACAAUGGAUUAAAAAUGCUUCUUGGACGAAAGAAAACAAACCAGAUGAAGGGGGGGGGGCUUUCUUGGAAAAGAAAUACCAGACAAGUGCAGUAUAGAGCGGGUUUGAGACUGGGUUUCUUGAAGGAAAAGAGGGAAAGGAAAGAGAGCGAGCUAGCUCAGUCGUGAGAUCGGAUGAGAGAAGGAGAUGGUGUGAUAUGG